AUAAAAACUGGGGGCUUUUAUUUUGAAGGUGAGUGUGACCGGAUUUGUGGGUGACGCGGUGUGCUAACAGCUAGCAGCUAACAGCAACAGCUCAUUCACCGGGGUCCGUUAACGUUAACGUUUGUAUUAAAAUAAAAACUACAAAAGAUAAAGUUAACAGCGCACGGCUGCGUCACUGACCCAGAAGCUUCUGGAAGUUGCUCGUGGAGGCGCACAGUCUCCAUGGCGACGGAGGAGUUCUACGAGGUGGAGCGCGUGGUGGACCGGAGGAGGAGUAAGAAGGGGGGGCUGGAGUACCUGGUGAGGUGGAGGGGGUUUGGGUCUGAGGGCGACACAUGGGAGCCAGAGUCCCACCUGUCCACCUGCAUGUUCCACGUCCAUCAGUUCAACCGGCAACAGAGGGAUGGGACCUUACUGCGCUCCACCCGCUACUGCAGCCCCCCCCCCAGAACUUGCAGCCCCCCCCCCAGGACCUGCAGGCCUCCCCUCAUCAGCAGAACCUACGACCCUCUGAAACCUAUGGACUCCGCUCAGCUGACCCGCCCCCCCUCUCCGGCAGGUUGGGGUCUGGUGUCGGGACCUCUGUCCGGCUCGGCCCGCCGCAGCGUGGAUCUGUCCCGGAUUAAGAUCCUGGUCCCUAAGAGUCCCAUGAACAGCCGCCGCCCCCUGGAGGAGGAUUCCCCCAGCGAGGCGGCCCUCAGCCUUGGGGGUCAGGAGGCUCAGCUGGGACCCCCGGAGGUGGCCCUGCUGGAGAAACCUGCAGGAGUACAGCUGGGCCCAGGAGAGGAGAGGGCCCGCAUGGGGACCCGGCCCCGUAGCCAAAACCCCCCCCCCACAGGUGCCCCCCCACUGAUGGUCGCAGCCAGCGGGUCGGCGGGGGUCCAGACUGCUGUUACUGGCGCAACCAGUUCCCUGGGGAGGCGGCGUCUAGAGGAGGGACCAGCCUUUGAUAAGAGGCUCCGGUUCAGCGUCCGGCAGACAGAGAGCGCCUACAAGUACCGGGACCUGGUGGUGAGGAAACAGGACGGGUUCACCCACAUCCUGCUGAGCUGCAGGGGGUCCCAGGACAACAGGCUGAACCCCGAGGUGAUGAAGGAGAUCCAGAGCGCCAUGGCGACAGCGGCCUCUGACGACAGCAAGCUGGUUCUGCUCGGCGCCGUGGGCAACGUGUUCUGCUGCGGUCUGGACUUCCUUUACUUCAUCAGACGGCUGACGGACGACAGGAAGAAGGAGAGCAUCAAGAUGGCCGAAACCAUCAGGACCUUCGUCAACACCUUCAUCCAGUUCAGGAAGCCCAUCAUCGCAGCGGUGAAUGGGCCGGCACUUGGCCUCGGCGCCGCCAUCCUGCCGCUCUGCGAUGUGGUAUGGGCCAAUGAGAAGGCCUGGUUCCAGACACCGUAUACCGCCUACGGACAGACCCCUGACGCCUGCUCCUCCUUCACCUUCCCCCGCAUCAUGGGCCUCGCCGCGGCUAACGAGCUGCUGCUGAGCGGCAGGAAGUUGACGGCUCAGGAGGCGUGUUCUAAAGGUCUGGUGUCUCAGGUCCUGUGGCCGGGAACCUUCAUGCAGGAAGUGAUGCUGCGAGUCAGAGAGCUGGUGAUGGUGGAUCCACAGGUUCUGCAGGAGUCCAAAGCCCUGAUGAGGAACACCAGCCGCAGUGCUCUAGAGCAAACUAACGAGCGCGAAUGUGAAGCCCUGAAGAGGGUCUGGGGUUCCUCGCAGGGAACCGACUCCAUCCUGCAGAACCUGCAGAGGGGAAUCGAGCUCUGCUAAAAAACUGAACCAGACAAGCAGAACCCUGACCCACCUGGAGCCAGCGGGGUGAAUCUACCUGGACCCUUCCGAUGGUGCUCACUAACCCCUGGACACCUCACACUCUCAACUGCACCCAAAGGAUGGAUGCCUGUGCUAAGCUAAGCUAACAUUUCUCCCCGCCACCAGUAUUUGUGCUAAGCUAGGCUAACAUCGCGGAUGAACUGAGGACACUGUGGAGGUAACCUUUGACCUCCCAGAUGGAUUUCUCCUAAAGGCUUCACAGGAAAUGAGCUCACAGCGACUUCCUGUUUCCUCUGCUGGAUGUUUCAGAUAUUAUAGCGCCGCCUUCAGGACGCUUUGCUCCUCUGCAGCCUGGGAGGGCAGCUUCACAUACUACAGUGUUCUGAUGGGGGUGAAUGUACAGCUCAGAGGAGACCCUGUUUCUGUCUGCUCUUCAUCACUGUGUUAAGUUCAAAGCUUUAUUGAACACAAACAUGAACAUGCUCUGUUUCUCUAUUAAACAUCAAAACAAGGGUCAACAGAUUGAUCUAUUCAGCAGACACCACUGAAAACCCGAGAAAUAAAAGAUUCUGUGAAACCAAA